AUGUUUGAAUUUUGUACUCGACGUCGUUUAAUUAUCUUUAUUUUUGCACUUUCAUUUAUAAUUCUUAGUAUUGUUUUAAUUUCACAAAAAUUUUCUAUAAGUGCUAUUGGUUUUUCAUCGUCAAGAAUUAACGAUAGUAAAUUAGUAGCGAAUUCAUGUUCCAGUACCGAACAAUUUGAUAUUCUAACACAAUGUCAAAAAUGUACAAAUUUUGAAAAACGAUAUGAUCCAUCGUGUAAAUUAACAGGUUUUAAAGAAACAUUAUUAUGUUCAACUUCACAAAAACAAGCAUCACGUUCAUGUCAAAUACCAUUUAAAAUACAAAAAGAACGAUUUUGGAUAUUUGAAGGAUGUAUGUUUGCGAUAACUUUAAUAUCAUUAUUAUGUGUACAUCUAAGACAAAAAACAUUGGAUAAACAAAUGGUAGAGAAAAUCAAACGACAAAUAGGUGAAAAUUCAUUAUAA